AUGAACUCUUUAAAUUUUGAAAAGAAGAUUUUCUCAUAAAAAUCAACUAAAACCUCUUUCGAAACCAUCACAGAAAAUACAUGUGAAAGUCAAGUAAUCACCUCGUCUUCGUGUAUAAUACCUCCCCAUCAUACCCCAAAAUAAUUCCAUAUACAUACUUUAGCGGAAGUAAAUGUAAUAUAAUAAAUUGACUAAAAUAAUAAAAUAACUUCAUUGAAUAACUCUUUAGUUGAUUUAGGGGAAUAUGUAUUACAUGAAGUAAAUAAGGAAUUCCAUAAUAAGGAAUAUAUUUAGUUAUUUAAAUAAAAUGAUUAAUUAAGUAGUAUUUUUAUGGAAAAAAAGAAAAAGACAGAAAUAGAAGGGUAUUUGAAAUUCGAAGUUUUAGAUACUGGAAUAGGUAUUGAUUUACAUGAAUAGGCGAAUAUUUUUAAAAUGUUCACUUAAGCUAAUAAGGAAAUUAAUAUUAUGUAUGGAGGUUCUGGUGUAGGUCUAUAUUCAUGUAAAUAAUUGGCGGAAAUUUUAAAUGGAGAUGAAAAAAAUAAAAAGAUAAUUUUUAUUUAUAAUUGA